UCAAAAGCUAAUGAAAGGGUAUGAAGAUUUCAUUAAAGACAACACCACCAACAAGACAUUCCACUUUUGGUGCACAUACAUUUCAAUGGUUGAAGAUCUUCUCCUCUUCAUCAGAGGAACACAAGAGGCAAACUGGAGUCUCCACCUAUCAAGUGUGCGUUCCAUUAUGCCAUGGUUCUUCUGUUAUGACAGGAUCAACUAUGCCCGCUACCUGUCAACAUACUGGAUGGAAAUGGUCAGUUUAGGGUACACUCAUCCAAACAUAAACCACCAACUCCAAUCAGGGGAUUUUGUCGCCCAAAGACAGCAAACAUAUGGCUUUGCAUACACAGCAUGUGAUCAAGUCAUUGAACAAACAGCAAACCGUGACUCUAAAACUAAAGGUGGACUGACUGGGUUUUCACUUAACAACGGUGCAGUUCAUAGAUGGACACUCACACAUCAUGAACGUGCAGCUAUCAGUAUGGAGUGCAAAGGCAUGGCCGGGCACAGCCCCACAACAAAACAACGAGCUGAACUUGAUGACACACGCAGAGAACGUGAUGAGAGGGAUGUAAAGAACAUCAUAUCCACCAUUCAGAACAUGAUAAAUCCAUUUGAUCCUUCCAUCGAUCAAGAGGUCCUUUACCAUAUAACAUCUGGACAUGUUGCAUCAGAGGCGAUUUUUAAUGAUUUGAAUGAAGCAAAAGAGAGAGGAGGGAAAGCAUUAAUAGAAUUCUAUGAAAAGAGGCUACAAAGUAAUGAGGUAGGCAUUUAUCAGCCCAUAAAGAAAAUGAAACUCAAGACCUUCAAAGACACUGCAACUACAACAGUAACAAAAGCAAAAGGUAGAGAGAUAUCCCUAAAAACAGACUGUGAUCUUUUUGCCAGAUUAAUUGUAGUUGGGACCUCAAGAAAAAUUGACAUGAGUGAGAUGCUUGUACAUAGUUUAGGGCCCUUACCUGCCGCACUAGCUCAUUUUGAUGGCUCUCUGAUGAAAACGGACAAAUCAAAGCUGCUGCACUUCCUGGAAGCUGUUGUACACCCACCAGCAACAGUGGACAACAUUCCUGAGGGCUCCACGUGGGUGUGGGAUGCUAUGGCACUUGUACAAGUGAUGAAACCCCAACCGACUUUCGGGAUGUUUGCUGACGGUGCUCUCAGGCUGAUUGUCAGUGUGGCCAAAGCUAGCAAGUCCAAAGUAAUCCAUUUUGUUCCAGACACCUACAAAGUCAUGAGCAUCAAGAAUGCAGAACGAGACAGACGUGCAGUGAAGGGUUGUCAAAUUACCAAAAUAUAUUCUGAAGACCAAAGGACACCAAAGCAAUGGGCAAAGUUCUUGGCAUGUGGGGAAAAUAAGGAAAAUCUCCUACAAUUUUUCUUUGAUAGAUGGUGUACAUCUGGAGGGCACAUGAUUGAGGACCUGACUGUGAUUGUUGCACAUGGAGGAGAGUGCCAUGCUCUAAAAAAAAACCCAGAUACAACUGAUUUGGAAGCCCUGCCAAUGCCAGAGCUGUUCACGACGCAGGAAGAAGCGGACACCAGACUACUGCUACACUGCUCAUGCUGCUGAUUACAGCAGGAAUAUUAUUAUCAGAAGUCCUGACACUGAUGUGUUUGUACUGGCCCUCGCUUUCUACAAAGACAUUGGAGCACACCUGUAUUUCCAGACAGGGAAAGGAGGAAAUUCUCGCACAGUCGAAGUUCAGAAGACCCAUAACCAGCUGGGAGCGAUAGUCUGCGAUGCACUGAUUGGUCUUCACUGUUUCACUGGUUGUGACACUGUCAGCUCCCUGUAUGGCAUAGGAAAGGUGAAGGCAAUGAAGGCACUCCUAUCCAAUCAAGAGCACUGCAACACAUUCCAACGAAUAGGCACAACUUUCACUGUGACCCCAGACCUCUAUGAGGCAGUGGAGGCCUUCACAUGCGAGCUAUAUGAUGGAAAAGAUGUCAAAAGUGUCAACCAGGCAAGGUGGCACACGUUUAGGUCUGGGAAAUGUCUCGAAAGGAGCCUUCCUCCUAAUCAAGACUCCCUUCAGCAACAUAUUCAGCGUGCCAACUAUCAGGCUGCAAUACACAGGAGAAGUCUACAAAAACGACCUGAAAUACCCCCACCGGUACAGCAUGGAUGGAGGAUGGAGGGAGAACACUUGGUAGUGCACUGGAUGAUACUGCCCCCAGCACCACAGAGUGUCUUAGAGCUGGUGCAUUGCCAAUGCAAAAUUCUUAAAUGUGUGGGAGGGAAGUGCACCUGCAAAAAGCAUAAGCUAGCAUGCACAGAAUUAUGUCAUUGUACGAACUGUGACAAUCUACCGUAAUUGGCUCAAUGACCAGAAAUGGGAAGUAACAAAGUACAAAUAUCUUCUUACUGUACUCAAGUAGAUUUCAUAUAUUUUUACUUUACUAUUUAUUUUUGUAAAGACUUUUUACUUUUACUCCUUACAUCAAACGAAUUCAGUAACUUGAUUUAGUAUAACAGUGCUGUAGUGACGUUAAUGUUACUUAAUGUUUUCAAGACCACUUAAGUUAACGUUACUUGGUCUUGUCUCAAAUCAACAUGAUGUUGGGCUAAUGUUAACGUAAAGGCCAUUUAAAAGUUGUGCAGAGGCUCCACGCAGAGCUCUCGCCGUAGCCUACGUAAGUGGCCUGAUGUUUAUACUUCUGCGCUGGUAUGUGCGUCGAGUGUGUGAUAGAGCGAGGGAGAAGUAAGAGAGUGACAGCGAUUAGCU